CUAGAGUCUAGAGAGAUGCUCUAAUAGUCUAAGUAAACAGAGAAAAGUCAAGUAUGGAUCAAUUAUCAUGCAACUCCCACGUUGACGACAACGACGACCUUGGUUGGACGAAAGUCGUGUCCCGGAAGCGCAAUCGGAAGCUAAAACCGGCGGAUGUAUAUGUUUCCGGUAACAUUGUUCCGAAUGAAGGUCGGAUCCUGACGGCUCAGAUACUUUCUGCCGAUAUAGAGGAUGAAUCGAACAGAGCCGGUGCAGCCAGUAAUGAGAAUCUCAAGGCAGAGAAAACUAAAAAGACAAAACCCAACAAGGAGAAGAAGAAACCGAUAGUUUCUUUGUCCGAAGCUAUGUCAAAGAUCGAUCAUUCACGUCUUAAGGCUUUCCUCGUCGUAUCAUUGAGAACUUACACAAGUGCAAUUUCCAUGGCUGAAGAUGUUUCCUUUCAAGGGUCCUUGGCCCAAGCUUAUCGAUGUGAUCAAUUGUGUGAUAUUCCUGAACCUAUCUACAAAACAUCUGUCCAUUGGAUCAAACAAGUUCCAGUAAUGACACUCUCUGGCUUCAUAGUGUGGGCGUUUCGCUGUACUCUCACUCAUUUGGAAGCACAACAAGAAGGUGUCAAUUCUGGCAAGAUUGGUGAACAACCUACUUCUCCCAAACCUCAUGUGGUAGUAUUUGUUACAUUGGCAAUGGUACUGCGUACAAGACCUGAAACUUUUACUUUUGCAUUGCGGACUAUUAGGCAGAGGCGUAUGUUUCAAGGACAGGACAAGAUUCCGCUUACAGUUUGGAUGAUGGCUCAGGCCUCCCAGGGUUAUUUAUGUGCAGGCUUGCUUUCAUGGGCGCAUAACUUGUUACCAGUAGUCGGUAAUUCGGACUGCAACCCUCAGUCAAGGGAUCUCAUCCUGCAGUUGGUUGAGAAAAUUUUGUCGGAUCCAAUGGCUUGGACAAUGCGUAGGAAUCAAGCUAUUAGGGAGAGAGAGCGACUGAUUCCACCUCCUUCAUUUGAGAUCUUGCUGCGGCUUACAUUCCCUGCUUCAUCCGCAAGAGUCAAAGCUACAGAGAGGUUUGAGGCAAUUUAUCCCUCGCUGAAAGAAGUGGCUCUUGCCGGUGCACCAGGAAGCGAGGCAAUGAAACAAGUCAUUCAACAGAUAUUCACUUUGUCUUUGAAAUUAGCUAAAGAAGAAAAUCCUGCUUUAGCCAAGGAAGCUACAGAAAUCGCUAUCUGGUGUGUGACCGAACAUGUUGAUUGCUGCAAGCAUUGGGACAAUCUCUAUAUGAGGAAUCCAGCAGCUAGUUCUGCUGUUCUAAAAAAGCUUGUGGACGAUUGGAAGAUUCAUUCCCUCAAAAUAUUUUCAUCACCGAGAAAUACUCUCACUCUCGGUCAAACUAUGAAGAGCUUCAGGCUGGAAGUAAUACCUCUUACUCUUCAAAGGCUAACUAAUUUUAUUUCAUCUCUGACUUAAAAGCUGUUGUGAUAUUUUAGAAC